GAUAUAUGCAUAUCUGCUAUGAAGGAAAAGGAUAUAGAAGCCAAACUGUCUCAAGUAGCUGAAACCUGGGGAGCUCAAAGUCUGAGCUUUGCACAAUUCAAAGCAAGAGGAGAGUUACUGUUAAAGGGAAUUGAAUCAGCAGAAAUUAUGAUAUUGAUGGAGGACAGUUUAAUGGUUCUGGAUUCUCUACUGUCUAAUAGAUACAAUACGGCAUUUAAAAAGCAAAUUCAGAGUUGGGUUUCUAAACUAAGCAACUCUUCACGCAUAAUUGAGGAAUGGCUGGUUGUGCAGAACCUCUGGAUUUAUCUUGAAGCUGUUUUUGUAGCAGGAGAUAUUGCAAAAGAGUUACCCCAGGAAGCAAAGCGUUUUCAGAAUAUUGACAAAUCUUGGGUAAAAAUAAUGCAACGAGCUCAUGAAAAUGCAAAUGUAAUUGCCUGCUGUGUUGGAGAUGAUACUAUGGAGCAACUUCUCCCUUACCUACACGAACAGCUGGAAGUAUGCCAGAAAUCACUUACAGGAUAUUUAGAGAAGAAAAGACUGCUGUUUCCAAGAUUCUUUUUUAUUUCUGAUCCUGCACUUGUUGAAAUUCUUGGACAAGCAAGUGAUUCUCAUACAAUCCAGCCACAUCUGACUUCCAUAUCAGACAACAUAAAUGAAGUAGAGUUUCACCCAAAGGAUUAUGAUCGCAUAAUGGCAGUCAUAUCAAGAGAAGGAGAAAAAAUUGCAUUGGACACUCCAGUGGUUGCAAAAGGACCAGUAGAAAUUUGGUUGAAGAUUUUAUUGCAAAUGCAGCAGAAGUCAUUGCAUGGCAUAAUUAGGGCAGCAUUUUACCAAAUUAGUGACCCAGGAUAUCAGUUGCUGAAUUUUCUUAAUCAAUUCCCAGCCCAGGUUGGAUUACUGGGAAUUCAAAUAUUGUGGACACGUGAUGGAGAAGAAGCUCUACGCAAUGCUAAGGAAGACAAAAAAAUCAUGGAUGUAACCAAUGCUAGAUUUCUGGAUAUUCUGAAUACGCUGAUUGGCCAGACCACACUAGAUCUUUCCAAGUUUGAGAGAGUGAAAUUUGAAACACUUAUUACAAUUCAUGUGCAUCAGCGUGAUAUUUUUGAUGAUUUGGUAAAAAUGAACAUCAGAACACCGACUGAUUUUGAGUGGUUAAAACAGUCUAGAUUCUACUAUAAAGAGGAUUAUGAUCAAGUCAUCGUAGCAAUUACAGAUGUUGAUUUUGUUUACCAAAAUGAAUUUCUGGGUUGCACUGAUCGUCUGGUUAUAACACCUCUUACAGACAGGUGCUAUAUAACUUUAGCACAAGCUUUGGGAAUGAACAUGGGAGGAGCUCCAGCAGGACCAGCUGGAACUGGUAAAACAGAAACAACAAAAGACAUGGGAAAGGCUCUGGGAAAAUACGUAGUAGUCUUUAACUGCUCUGAUCAAAUGGACUUCAGAGGUUUGGGCAGGAUUUUCAAAGGUCUUGCUCAGUCUGGAUCUUGGGGAUGUUUUGAUGAAUUCAAUCGAAUUGAAUUGCCUGUCUUGUCAGUAGCAGCACAACAAAUCUAUAUUAUUUUAACAGCAAGAAAAGAAAAAAAGAAGCAGUUCAUUUUUUCUGAUGGAGACUGUGUAGAUUUAAAUCCAGAGUUUGGAAUUUUCCUAACUAUGAAUCCUGGAUAUGCUGGACGUCAAGAACUACCAGAAAAUCUCAAAAUUCAGUUUAGAACUGUUGCAAUGAUGGUUCCAGAUAGACAGAUAAUUAUAAGGGUUAAACUUGCAAGUUACGGAUUUAUUGAUAAUGUGGUCUUGGCUAAGAAAUUCUUUGUUCUUUAUAAACUUUGUGAGGAGCAGCUCACUAAGCAGGUCCAUUAUGACUUUGGUCUGAGGAAUAUCCUUUCAGUACUGAGGACUCUUGGAGCUCAAAAGAGAGCCAGGCCAACUGAAGGCGAAUUAAGUAUUGUCAUGAGAGGGUUAAGAGAUAUGAAUCUUUCUAAGCUGAUAGAUGAAGAUGAGCCUUUGUUUCUGAGUCUUAUCAAUGAUCUCUUCCCGGGGUUGCACUUGGACAGCAGUACCUAUGAUGAGCUCCAGGCUGCAGUAGCUCAUCAGGUUGAGGAGGCAGGAUUGGUUAACCAUCCACCAUGGAAUCUUAAGCUUGUUCAGUUGUAUGAAACUAAUUUAGUGCGUCAUGGAUUGAUGACACUUGGACCUAGUGGAUCUGGAAAAACGAUGGUCAUAACUAUAUUAAUGAAAGCACUCACAGAAUGUGGCCAACCUCAUAAGGAAAUGCGCAUGAACCCCAAAGCUAUAACUGCUCCUCAAAUGUUUGGAAAACUAGAUGCUGCAACUAAUGACUGGACAGAUGGAAUCUUCUCUACUCUGUGGAGGAAAACACUGAAAACCAAAAAGGGUGAAAAUGUAUUUCUGGUUUUAGAUGGUCCUGUAGACGCAAUCUGGAUUGAGAAUUUAAAUUCAGUUUUGGAUGAUAACAAGACCCUCACCCUUGCAAAUGGAGAUCGAAUUCCUAUGUCUCCUUCAUGUAAACUGUUAUUUGAGGUCCACAACAUUGAGAAUGCCUCUCCAGCAACAGUUUCUCGAAUGGGUAUGGUCUUCAUCAGUUCUUCUGUCCUCAGCUGGAGACCAAUAUUGCAGGCAUGGCUGAAAAAACGUACUGCUCAAGAAGCUGAACUUUUGCAAAGUUUGUACGACAGAAUCUUUGAACCAGCAUAUACGUAUAUGAAACUAAACCUUAACCCCAAAAUGGAGCUUCUGGAAUGUAACUACAUUAUGCAGUCUAUUAAUCUUCUGGAGGGCUUGAUUCCAUCGAAGGAAGAUCGUGGUGCACAACGUCUGCAUAGAUUGUUCAACUUUGCAAUAAUGUGGAGUUUAGGUGCCCUCCUGGAGCUGGACAGUAGAGAUAAACUUGAAGCCUUCAUUAGAGCUCAUGAUAAUAAAUUAGACUUACCAAAAAUCCCUCGUGGCAGCAGUCAAACGAUGUAUGAGUUUUAUGUUAAUGAUCGUGGUGCCUGGGAGCAUUGGAGUAAUAAAGUUCAGGAAUUUGUUUAUCCAACAGAUCAUGUCCCCGACUAUGCAUCUAUUCUGGUUCCAAAUGUUGAUAAUACCAGGACUCAGUUUUUGAUAAACACAAUUGCAAAACAAAAGAAGGCUGUUUUGCUCAUAGGAGAACAGGGGACUGCGAAGACAGUCAUGAUUAAGGGAUACAUGAAGAGAUAUGACCCAGAAGAGCAUUUGUGUAAAAGUCUAAACUUUUCAUCUGCCACAGAACCAUUUAUGUUUCAGAGAACAAUAGAGAGUUAUGUGGACAAACGUGUUGGAAGUACUUAUGGACCUCCUGGGGGCAGAAAGAUGACUAUUUUUAUUGAUGAUAUCAAUAUGCCAUUUAUCAAUGAAUGGGGAGAUCAGAUAACAAAUGAAAUUGUCCGACAGAUGAUGGAAAUGAGAGGAAUGUACAGCUUGGACAAACCUGGAGACUUCCUUACAAUUGUAGAUGUACAAAUAAUAGCAGCAAUGAUCCAUCCUGGAGGAGGCCGUAACGAUAUUCCCCAGCGUUUAAAAAGACAGUUUAGUGUAUUCAAUUGUACAUUGCCAUCCAACUCAUCCAUCGACAAAAUUUUUGGUAUAAUUGCCACUGGAUACUUUCAUCCUUGUAGACAAUUCAACUCUGAAGUGUGUGAAAUGGUGGAAAAGUUGGUCUCAACAGGAAGAAUAUUGUGGCAGCGGACAAAGGCAAAGAUGUUACCUACACCAUCUAAAUUCCACUAUAUCUUCAACCUUCGAGACCUUUCUAGAAUUUGGCAAGGAAUGUUAACUAUAAAGGCAGAAGAAUGCACAACCAGCACUGUUAUCCUAAGACUUUUUAAACAUGAAUGUACCAGAGUAAUUUCUGACAGGUUUAAUACACCUGAGGAUACAGCCUGGUUUGAAAAAACUAUUGAUAAAACAAUUGAGGAAUAUGUGGAGGCAGAUUUAAGUGAAGUUCUCCAAGCUGAACCAUAUUUUGUAGAUUUUUUACGGGAUGAGCCUGAACCAACUGGUGAAGAACCAGAAGAUGUUGAGCUUCUAGCACCAAAAAUUUAUGAGGAGAUUCCAAGCUAUGAAUUCCUUUGUAACAAAUUGCGGGCAUAUCAGUCACAAUACAAUGAAAAUAUUAGAGGGUCGUUUCUUGAUUUGGUGUUUUUCAAGGAUGCAAUGACACAUCUUAUUAAGGUUUCCCGAAUUAUUCGGACAGCAUAUGGAAAUGCUUUACUUGUUGGAGUUGGUGGUUCUGGAAAACAAAGUCUUUCAAAGUUAGCCUCCUUCAUUGCUGGCUAUAAAAUAUUUCAGAUCACUUUAACCAGAUCGUAUAAUGUAACCAACCUCUCAGAAGAUUUAAAAGUAUUAUAUAGAACAGCUGGGCAGGAAGGACAAGGUAUCACCUUUAUUUUCACUGAUAAUGAGAUAAAAGAGGAAUCAUUUUUGGAAUAUGUAAAUAAUCUGCUUUCCUCAGGAGAGAUUUCGAAUUUAUUUGCUCGGGAUGAAUUGGAUGAAAUCACCCAAUCAUUAGUGCCUGUGAUGAAAAAAGAGCUGCCUCGGCAUCCUCCUACCUUUGACAAUCUUUAUGAGUACUUCAUAAGUCGGGCAAAGAAGAACUUACAUGUUGUCCUCUGCUUUUCUCCAGUUGGUGAGAAGUUCCGUGCACGUUCUUUGAAGUUUCCUGGUCUGAUAUCAGGGUGCACCAUGGAUUGGUUCAGUCGAUGGCCCAGGGAAGCUCUUGUAGCUGUGUCCAACUAUUUUCUUUCAGAAUUUAAUAUGGUCUGCGCUCCAGCAGUUAAAACAGAAAUAGUACAAACCAUGGGUGUCUUUCAUGAUAUAGUUUCAGAAAGCUGUGAGAAUUAUUUCCAAAGGUAUCGAAGACGAGCCUAUGUAACACCAAAAUCCUAUCUCUCCUUCAUCAAUGGCUACAAAGAGGUUUACACUGAGAAGUUACAUAGCAUCAAUGAACAGGCUGAACGUAUGCAAACUGGUCUGUCCAAGCUGAUGGAAGCCAGUGAAUCUGUUGCUAAACUCUCUAAGGACUUGGCUAUUAAGGAGAAAGAGCUGGCUGUGACAUCUGUUAAGGCAGAUAAAGUACUAGAAGAAGUCAAAGAAAGUGCUGAAGCUGCAACCAAAAUAAAACUUGAAGUCCAGGGUGUGAAAGAUAAAGCACAAAAGAUCGUGGAUGCAAUUGAUAUAGAAAAACAGGAAGCAGAGAGAAAACUGGAGGCAGCUAAACCAGCCCUAGAAGAAGCAGAAGAAGCUCUGAAAACCAUCAAACCAGAGGAUAUUGCUACUGUUAGGAAACUUGCAAAACCUCCUCACCUCAUUAUGAGGAUCAUGGACUGUUGUCUGCUACUAUUUCAAAAGAGAUUGGAUCAAGUUACCAUGGAUCCAGAAAAGCCUUGCUGCAAGCCAUCAUGGGGAGAAUCAUUAAAACUGAUGAGUGGCCCGUUCUUGAACAACCUACGGAACUUUGCCAGGGAUACAAUCAAUGAUGAGACAGUAGAAUUGGUCCAGCCUUACUUUGAAAUGGAAGACUAUACACUGCAACAUGGUAAAAAGGUGUGUGGCAAUGUGGCAGGACUCCUCUCUUGGACACAAGCCAUGGUGGUGUUUUAUGGUGUUAACAGAGAAGUCUUGCCUCUUAAGGCUAACCUGGCAAAGCAAGAAGGUCGCCUGAAAAUAGCCAAUGCAGAAAAAGAUAAGGCUCAGGCAGAAUUAGAUGAAAAGCAAGCUGAGCUGGAUAAAGUGCAGGCAAAGUUUGAUGCAGCAAUGAAGGAGAAAAUGGACUUAGAGAAUGAUGCAGAAACAUGCAAAAGAAAGAUGCAAGCGGCCUCUGCACUUAUAGAUGGACUGAGUGGAGAGAAGGUUAGGUGGACUCAGCAAAGCAAGGAAUUUAAAUCUCAGAUUAAGAGACUUGUGGGAGAUAUAUUGCUCUGCACAGGCUUUCUUUCGUACUGCGGACCUUUUAAUCAAGACUUCAGGAACCUUCUGAUUAAAGACUUAUGGGAAGCAGAGUUGAGAGCUCAUAAAAUCCCCUUUUCUGAUGAUUUGAACCUGAUUUCUAUGUUGGUAGAUCAACCAACAAUUAGUGAGUGGAAUCUUCAAGGAUUGCCUGGAGAUCACCUCUCAAUUCAGAAUGGUAUCAUCGUCACUAAGGCAUCGAGAUACCCACUUUUGGUAGACCCACAAACUCAAGGAAAAGCGUGGGUUAAAAAUAAAGAGCAAGAAAAUGAAUUACAGGUAACAACUCUGAAUGACAAGUAUUUCCGACAACACCUAGAAGACAGUCUUUCACUGGGACGAUCACUCCUGAUUGAAGAUAUAGAGGAAGAGUUGGAUCCAGUCCUUGAUAAUGUAUUAGAAAAAAAUUUCAUAAAAUCUGGAUCUGCUUUUAAGGUGAAAGUUGGUGAUAAGGAAGUAGAUGUUAUGAAUUCAUUUAGACUGUACAUUACUACAAAGCUACCUAAUCCUGCUUUCACACCUGAAAUUAAUGCAAAAACAUCAAUUAUUGAUUUUACUGUUACAAUGAAAGGACUUGAGAAUCAGUUGCUGAGAAGAGUAAUACUCACUGAAAAACAGGAACUAGAAGCAGAACGAAUUAAACUCAUGGAAGAUGUAACUUCUAAUAAGAGGAAGAUGAAAGAACUGGAAGACAAUCUUCUUUACAAACUAAGUGCAACCAAAGGUUCACUAGUGGAUGAUGAAUCCUUAAUUGGUGUCCUGCAAAUAACUAAGCAAACAGCUGCUGAAAUAGCUGUCAAGUUGUCUGUGGCAGCAGAAACUGAAGUGAAGAUUAACACUGCUCAGGAGGAAUAUCGACCUGUUGCUACACGUGGAAGCAUUCUUUAUUUCCUUCUUACAGCAAUGAGCAUGGUCAAUAAUAUGUAUCAAACUUCACUGGCUCAGUUCUUGAAGCUAUUUGAUCAAUCCAUAGCCAGAUCUAAGAAGUCUCCUGUGGCUCAGAAGAGAAUCUCAAAUAUUAUUGAGCAUCUUACCUUUGAAAUUCACUCAUAUUCUGUUAGAGGCCUGUAUGAAAACCACAAAUUCCUCUUUACCCUCCUCCUGGCUUUAAAAAUUGAUAUUGAGAGAGGACAUGUGGAAAACAGAGAGUUCCAAACUCUCAUUAGAGGAGGUGCAGCUUUGGAUCUACAGGCUUGCCCACCCAAACCAUGCCGCUGGAUUCUUGACAUGGUAUGGCUAAAUCUAGUGGAGUUGAACAAACUUCCACAGUUUGAAGAAAUUUUGGACCAGAUAGCCCAACAUGAUAAGGCAUGGAAACACUGGUUUGAUAAAGAUGCCCCUGAGGAAGAAAUUAUUCCUAAUGGAUACAGUGAGAUACUUGACACAUUUCGCAAACUUUUACUUAUCAGGUCUUGGUGUCCAGAUCGAACACUUUCCCAAGCCAGGAAAUAUAUUGCAAGUUCCUUGCAUGAGAAAUAUACAGAGCCAGUUAUUUUGAAUUUAAGAAAAACUUGGGAAGAAAGUGACAUGCGAACACCUCUCAUCUGUUUCCUGUCUAUGGGAUCAGACCCAACUGAUCAGAUUAAUUCCUUGUCUAGGAAGCUUAAUUUGGAAUGUAGGACCAUCUCAAUGGGCCAAGGACAAGAGGUUCAUGCACGCAAACUCAUGGAGGUGUCAAUGGAACAGGGAGGCUGGGUGUUGCUUCAGAAUUGUCACCUUGGGCUGGAGUUCAUGGAUGAACUACUGGAGACGCUUCUUACUGCUGAGAUCCAGAAUGACACAUUUCGAGUUUGGAUAACCACUGAACAACAUCCUAAAUUCCCAAUUACACUGCUACAGAUUGCUAUAAAGUUCACAAAUGAACCUCCACAAGGUAUACGUGCUGGACUGAAAAGAACAUUUUCUGGAAUUAGUCAGGAUCUGUUAAAUGCUAGCAACCUGCCUAUGUGGAAGCCUUUGCUUUACACUGUAGCUUUCCUGCAUUCUACUGUUCAGGAGCGACGCAAGUUUGGACCUUUGGGUUGGAAUAUUCCCUAUGAAUUUAACUCAGCAGACUUUACAGCCAGUGUUCAGUUUAUACAAAAUCACCUAAAAAAAAUUGACAUCAGGAAGGGGAUAUCGUGGAACACGGUACGCUACAUGAUUGGAGAAGUACAGUAUGGAGGCCGAGUCACAGAUGACUAUGAUAAGCGUCUUCUUAAUUGCUUUGCAAGGGUAUGGUUUAAUGAAAGUAUGUUUGACAGCGCUUUCUGCUUUUACACUGGGUAUAAAAUUCCAGUUUGCAAAACCCUGGAGCAGUACUUUGACUACAUCCAGUUACUUCCUGCCAUGGACAGCCCAGAGGUGUUUGGUCUCCAUCCCAAUGCUGAUAUUACAUACCAGAAAAAUACAUCAGCUGAUGUUCUGGAUACUAUUACCAACAUUCAGCCUAAAGAAAGUGGUGGAGGAUCUGGAGAAACUCGUGAAGCAGUUGUUUAUCGUUCAGCUGAAGACAUGCUGGAGAAACUUCCUCCAGAUUACAUACCUCAUGAGGUAAAGGCUCGUUUAGUUAAAAUGGGAGCACUUAACUCUAUGAAUAUUUUUCUUCGUCAAGAAAUUGACCGCAUGCAGAAGGUGAUCACAGUUGUCCGCACCAGUUUGAAUGAUCUGAAGCUAGCCAUAGAAGGAACUAUUGUUAUGAGUGAGAGUUUAAGAGAUGCACUUGAUAACAUGUAUGAUGCUCGAAUCCCUCAAGUCUGGAGAAGAGUAUCUUGGGAGUCUUCCACACUUGGCUUCUGGUUUACUGAACUUUUGGAAAGAAAUGCUCAAUUAUCUAAUUGGAUAUUUCAAGGAAGACCAAGGGUGUUUUGGAUAACUGGAUUCUUUAAUCCACAAGGAUUCCUGACAGCAAUGAAACAAGAAGCAACUCGAGCACAUAAAGACUGGGCUUUAGAUAAAGUUUCAAUACAUAAUGAUGUGCUAAAGCUAACCAGAGAAGAAAUCACUUCAUCUCCUUCUGAAGGAGUAUAUAUCUAUGGGCUCUACUUGGAAGGUGCAGGCUGGGACAAACGAAGAAGUGUGCUCGUUGAGUCUGCACCAAAGAUUCUUUUUGUCCAGUUGCCUGUGCUCCAUAUGUAUGCUGUGGAUUCAACCAGACCUAGGGAUUCCAAGCUUUAUGUUUGUCCUCUUUACAAGAAGCCCAAGAGGACAGAUUUGAACUUUAUUACAGAGGUAUUUUUAAGGACAUCAAAGUCUCCAGACCACUGGAUUCUGAGAGGAGUGGCUCUUCUCUGUGACAUCAAGUAA